AUGUGGGCAACAGGCCAAUCAUUUUGCUUAACUGUGGUUUAUGGAUUAAAUCAGUUAGAGUUUAGGAAAAUUCUUUGGUCUGAGCUGGCUGUAAUCUCUCACCCUGUCAAACCGUGGUUAGUUAUUGUAGAUUUCAAUUCUGCCUUUGAUGUAGUAGACCGUAUAGGGGGUAAGGUCAUUUCUCCUAAAGAAUUAGAGGAUGCUCGGAAAUGGCUUGAUCUUGGGAUUGUGGAAGAAAUGAAACUGCUGGGUUCUUAUUACACUCGGUCGAAUAAUCAAGAUGGGAAUAAUCGCAUUUUUUCCAAAUUAGACAGAGUGUUCAUUAAUGAGGAUUGGCUUGAUACUUUCCCAAAUGUCAAUGCCAUAGCUAAUUGGGAGGUUGUUUCUGAUCAUUGUGCCAUCAUUUUGAAGCAUAUUUCUGUUCACAAGAAUGGUUUGCGCCCUUUCCGUUUCUUCAACAUGUGGACUAGUCAUCCGCAAUUCAAGACUACUAUUUUGGCUAGCUGGAAUAAUCCUUUACCGUUAGAGGGUUGUGGUUUGCAACAGGUCUCGAGGAAAUUACAACGACUCGUGUUUGUUUUGAAGAGGUUCAAUUGGAGGAUUGUUGGUGACAUAGUUAAGCAGUAUGAGGAAAGUAAGCUGUUGUACCAGCAAGCUAAAAGCAACUUGUUCACUGAUCCGAAAAGUCAAAACCUGAGUGAAAUUGAGAGAGCUGCUCACCUGGAGUUCAAAAAGCAAGAGGCUGCUUAUGCGAGUUAUUUGUAUCAAAAAAGUAAGGUUGAUUGGCUCAGAUUUGGUGAUGAGAACUCAGCCUUAUUCUAUGCCGAUAUGAAGAAAAGGAAAGCUCUUAACAGAAUUGUAUCCUUUGUAGAUGAAACUGGUAGAGUUGAAGUGGAUUAUCCAAAGGUUAUAAGUCAUUUUACUCAGCACUUUCAAUCUUUCUUAGGUGGAGCUAGUGCAGCAACUGGGUUAAUUGAGUCCUCAGUAGUGCUCUCGAGUCCUAUUCUUCGCAUUGAAGACCAAUCUUUCCUGAUCAAACCUUUCACUUACCAAGAAGUCAAAACAGCUAUGUUUAGCAUUAGGGCAGUAAAGAGCCCGGGUCCGGACGGGUUUGGGGUUGGUUUCUACAAGAGUCUAUGGUCUGUCAUAGGGAAAGAAGUGUCUACAGCAAUGAUUGAAUUUUUUGAUAUAGGAUACAUUCCGAAGAGUUUGAAUAGUACCAUUUUAGCUCUUAUUCCUAAAGUCAGUCAACCCUCAAAUGCCUCAGAAUAUCGCCCAAUAGCCUGCUGCAAUACUCUAUACAAAUGUAUAUCUAAAAUGCUUUGUAACAAGUUGAUUCCUAUCCUUCCCAAGUUGAUAAAUCAGAACCAAGGAGCUUUUGUUAAGAAUAAAACUAUUGCUCAUAAUGUUCUUAUUCUUCAAGACCUUCUUAAAGGUAUAGCAGGAAAAGAGUGUCGCCUCGGUGCUUAA